AUGCUGAGCUCAUUUGUACAAGUCAACAAAGCUAGAGGUGGCGACGUUGUCGUCACAGUCACGGAUGACGCAUCGCACCUGGGGAUGCUGGGACAGUUGGUCCGCAUCCUUGGUAACACGUACUCUGCCGCGUUACCGUCCUCGUCGCCAUACCGAGGAAGCGGCCAAAGGCAACAGGACGAGCUGCAGGAUCUGUACUACAUGGACAUUGUAGCGACGUGGUUCAAUUUUGACUCGCAGGCGUUGCUGAAAGGGCUUCGUCGAUUGAAACGCGGCCUGUGUUUGUCUGCUACGAGUUGA